AGGAGAGGAGACCCCACCAGUGGGGAGAGUGUGAGGGGAGAGGGACAGCCUGCAGGGCAGGAAGAGAGAGCUGUGGGGUUUCCGGAGGGACUUCCUUCGCAUCCUCGGUGUCCCUCCCUGCCCCAUGCCAAGGCCCAGGAGGCGUGAACGGCUUCCUUCUCCUCCGCAGACGCUGAGGAUCACGCGGCCCGCGACUCUCCCGUUCCCCACCACCCUCUGAACCACUGGUCACCAUGGCUACUUCGAAGUUGCCGUCGGUGCCCAGGGAGGAGGAGACCACCAUCCUCAUGGCCAAGGAAGAGCUGGAGGCCCUGCGCACGGCCUUUGAGUCGGGCGACAUCCCCCAGGCCGCCUCUCGCCUCCGGGAGCUGCUGGCGUCCUCCGACAGCGCCCGCCUGGAGGUGGGUGUCACGGGCGAGUCGGGCGCCGGCAAGUCGUCCCUCAUCAACGCCCUGCGUGGCCUGGGGGCCGAGGACCCCGGCGCAGCUCUCACUGGCGUCGUGGAGACCACAAUGCACCCCUCGCCCUACCCGCACCCGCGGUUUCCUGAUGUCACCCUGUGGGACCUGCCGGGGGCCGGCUCUCCGGGCUGCCCGGCUGACAAGUACCUGAAGCAGGUGGACUUCAGCCGCUAUGACUUCUUCCUGCUGGUGUCCCCGCGCCGCUGCGGGGCCGUCGAGAGCCGCCUGGCCUCGGAGAUCCUGAGCCAGGGCAAGAAGUUCUACUUCGUGCGCACCAAGGUGGAUGAGGACCUGGCGGCCACGCGCACCCAGCGGCCCUCGGGCUACAGCGAGGUCAUCGUCCUGCAGGAGAUCCGAGACCACUGCGCCGAGCGGCUGCGGGUGGCCGGCGUGGCCGACCCCCGCGUCUUCCUCGUGUCCAACCUCUCGCCCGCCCGCUACGACUUUCCGUUGCUCGUGUCCACCUGGGAGCACGACCUGCCCGCCCACCGGCGCCACGCGGGCCUGCUGUCGCUGCCUGACAUCUCGCUGGAGGCCCUGCAGAGGAAGAAGGACAUGCUCCAGGAGCAAGUGUUCAAGACGGCCCUGGUGUCGGGCGUCAUCCAGGCCCUGCCCGUGCCUGGGCUGGCGGCAGCCUACGACGACGCCCUGCUCAUCCGGUCGCUGCGUGGCUACCACCGCAGCUUCGGCCUGGACGAUGACUCGCUGGCCAAGCUGGCCGAGCAGGUGGGCAAACAGGCGGGUGACCUGCGCUCGGUCAUCCGCUCCCCACUGGCCAACGAGGUCUCGCCUGAGACUGUCCUGCGGCUCUACUCGCAGUCGUCCUACGGCGCCAUGCGGGUGGCCCGUGCCUUUGAGAAGGGCAUCCCUGUGUUUGGCACGCUGGUGGCUGGUGGCAUCAGCUUCGGUACCGUCUACACCAUGCUCCAGGGCUGCCUCAAUGAGAUGGCCGAGGACGCCCAGCGCGUCCGCAUCAAGGCCCUGGAGGAGGAUGAGUCCCAGUCGGAGGUCAGCUUGGAGGCUGCUGGUGACAAUGAUGUGGAAAAACGGGAGUCUGGGGAGGGAGGUGGCGAGGAAGCCCCAGUCUCAGUCUGCAGGAAGCUCGGCCUCCUCCUCAAGUACAUUCUCGACAGCUGGAAGAAGCGAGACUUAGAAGAGAAAUAAAAGUGCAGCCCUCACCCGUUGCCUCACCCACAGACCAAGCCUUAACAAAAUCAAUCAACU